AUGGAAGCCUCUUUGGAAGACAGCGACAGCCGAAUGCAGGCGGAAGCGAAGGCAAGCCAAGUUCUGGGCGAGGAAUCGGCCGGCGAUGCAGGAGGAACCUCCGUCCGGCCAGCGAGGGAAAGAAGCUCUCAAGCGGACCCUGCGCCGCCAAAAGCCAAGUCGCAUGUCAAAGCCUCGGCGAAGGACAUGAGGCCGGUCCGGCUGAGGCCAUGGAGGAAGACGGCAGAUGAAGUGCGCAGUGAAGUUGAAGCUGCAGACCGGAUCCUCUUCGAAGGGCAAACCGCUGCCGCCGCUGCUGCUGGCAUCGAUGCGGCCGCUUUGCGCUUCUUCUUUCUAGCCUUGCAGACCGUGGAGGAAGCCUCCGCCGCGCUGCCGGGCCGAAGAGAAUUGGAGAGGUCGCUCGAUGCUCUGCGUCAGGCGGCGACUUCCUCGGCUUCCAAGGAGGAAGUGAACUCUGCCUUGCAGGCAGCAUCCACGGCUGUGACAGCGGCGGGUUUGGAGGUGUCGCUGUCACGAGCUCCUAAGCAGGAUCUCUGCCACCAGGUGCUACCCUGGCUGCUAAUUGGUGGCUGGGCGGCACUUGGCCGCGACUGCGACGAGCUGCGCCGCCGAUCGGUGACGCACGUCGUCUCCAUCAUUUCAGCAGACCAGCGAAAGCUGCCAGAGUUUGUGCAGGGCCACCUGCACAUCUUUUCCUUCGACAGCGAAGAUGCCGCGCAAAAGCUUGGGGAGCGCUUCCCAGACAUUUGCCGCUUCAUCGAUGGACGCGGCGAGCGUGGCAAAGUCUACGUCCACUGCGGCGCAGGUAUUUCUCGUGCGCCCACUGCUGCGGCCAGUUACAUCAUGUGGAAGCUGGGCGUUUCUGCUGCUGUUGCCAUCAGACUAAUUCGAGCCGCUCGCCCGUGCAUUCGCCCGAACGUGGGCUUCGUCAGGGAACUUCAGAAAUGGGAGAAGAAGAUGACAGAGCUACAAGGAUUUGCAUCGUGUGCAUGUACGGCAGGCAACCGGUUGGCUGUCGCCGGUUUAUGUCAGAAUUCAUGA